AUGGCUGAAGCAAAAGUAUCCGAUUCCUCGUCUUUACAACAAGAUCAGGGUAACCCGUAUAUAAACUACCUAUUUAAUCCACGGCUUACAUUCACUGGUACGUUUCAAGCUGAUGUGCCCACUAUAAACAAUGGAGUAGAAAACUUCGAUACGCGAAACUUUGUGCAGUACGACUCAUUAAAGAGUGGCGAUUCUUUUAGGCCUCUUGGAUCUGGAGAAUGGGAUGUUAAAGCUUCCGUGACACAGGUUUGCUAUGUCAAUGGGACAUGCCUUACUGAUGGUAGAGAUCCGAUAUUGAAGGCGAAGUUCAAAGGUGGGAACAGAACAUUAGCCAAAUGUGUGGACCUUGAUCCUCAGGCCCAAUUCUUUGCUAAGAUCUGGGGCUGGAAAAUUCUGAUUGGAGAUUUCUUUUCCGCGGACUUCACUCCUACUCCAUCGCAGUACUAUUGGCCUAAAAUGAUUGACGGUGACACAGGAGGUGCAGCCUUUCAAUCGGUCUUGACAGGAUUAACAUGGAUCCAUGACAAGAACACUUCUCCAUUCAUAGAAGAAUGGAAAAAAGAGAUGAAUAAGACGAACAUUCACAGCGACAAAUUGUCUAUAAGGUUUAAUGUUGAUAUGUAUGUGGACGAUUUUAAAAAGAGCACUUUUACCUACGGACGCAUUACAGGCACCAUUGGACUUACGGGCGUCAAACCUCCGCCCUUUUUCAGCCAUGGUAGAAUGCUUCAUAGACAAUCUCCAAAAGUUCAGAGUGCACCAUUCAUAGUGGAUAAAAAGAAAAGAAAAAUUUACGUAGACUUUGGAAACAGCCUACCAAUAACUAAGAAUGGCAGUUUUGACACGAAGAUUCUUCAAAAACUAUAUGUGGGGAUUCCUCAAGAUAUUGAUGCCUCGUUGAGGAUAUCGUGUAAUAACAAGUUCUUUUGGAUCGGUAAAGUCAAUCAGACUUCUCCAAAUUGGUACAAGAACGAUGCUGGAAUCCAGUCCUUUCCUCCAAAUGGAUCAUUCACAAAACAGGAAGUUGAUAUGGUGACAGAUAGUCCGUUGGCUCUUGCAGAGGUCACUGUUAAUUGGAAAGGGAUCGUUUGUAAAGAGAUUCUACUUGCAGAAGCUGUGGAUGGUGUUGAUGUUCACCCAUACGACGACUGGACCAUGCACAAAGAGCCUGAAAAAACAGCUCAAGUUCGACUUCUUGCCACAAAGUUUGGCGAACCUUUAGAAAACGUGCAAGUCUACUUCGAGCCAAAUGACUGUCGCUUGAUUUUUACAGAUAAUGAUAACCUUGGACAUUCCGUUGGUUUUCCCAAAAUUGCACCACCUAAAUAUGUCAUAACCGAUUCAAACGGUAUUGCAAAAUUUCAAAUUCAAACAAUAGAUCUCAAAAGUCCCAGAGCAGAUUACCUUGAUGGCCAACUAUAUCCGUACACUUAUUCUAUUGACAAAAGGAACUUCACCUUGAUGUGCAACGAURAAGAUUKGUACAAACUUCUUAAUCAUUUGAUCGUYAUUGCAAAUUGGGACAAAUACGGACCUGUUGCAGAACCAACAUGGUUAGAUAAUGUCUAUCCAAUAUUUAAACAAUAUGCGAAUCUCUAUCCARUAAUGACAGAGUAUGUUGUUGAUCUGGGCAACUAUUUCGAAGUGGUGGACCGUAAGACAUCCAUAAUWAUGAGCRUGGAAUUGCCUAUUUCUCACCCAAACUACAUGCCUGUUACAAGAGAUCUAUCGCCUUCUAAAAGGAAAGUGAUCUUGGACUGGCUGAAGAAAGACGAGCCUCCAGUUGGAAAGCCGAAGGACUUUUAUACAGUUGAGAACCUUCGAAGAGACUUGCAAACAGCCCUGCAGGUGGAACAAGCCACAAUUGCUCCAUAUAUAACCGCCUUAGCGUCAAUUAAGUAUAACUACAACGAUGAGGUACAGAACAUUUURUAUUUUAUCUCCACUCAAGAAAUGAUGCAUAUGAACAUGGCUGCCAAUAUAUUGAAUGCUGUUGGUGGACGCCCAAAGUUUUACUCAAAGAAUGUCGCUCCUUUCUAUCCCUCUCGUCUCCCAGGAGGAAUACGCCCAGACCUGGUUGUUCCAUUAGAAAAAGCGUCUAUUAACCUUAUUAGGAAUGUCUUUAKGGACAUUGAAGAACCACAAGUGACAAAAGAAARACARUCAUCCAUAGAUUUGAUGUUUGAUUUUGUUGAAAAACUUAAGAACAAUGAUCAAGAAACUUGCGAUGUAUUGGAUCCCAUGARUACRCUUUCUGAAAGUCCCAAUGAUCCACACGUUGACGAAGACUACUUCCCUUGUCUUGUUCCGGGAUUCAAAGACCAUUCUAUGACAAAUUUUAAACAUCGUCAGUACGGAAUGUCUCGAAACAAAAGAAGGAGAAGACAAAGAAGAGAAAAGUUCGAUUACCACAAACACCACAACACAAUCGGUGAAUUUUACAACCACAUUCUAAACACCUUAGGGUACCUCACAAAAUGUGGACGAAACAACAGCAUCUUUACCGGUGACCCGGGAAGACAAGUCAACUUUUCGCCUUGGCCAGUGCAUGGUCGUACUUUUAAAGUAACCAACUUUACCACAGCUGUAGAAGCUAUAAAACUGAUUAUUGAGCAAGGCGAAGGAAGCUCUCCUUGCAAUCCCAUGGCGUGGRACAAUGGAACCGUGCAAGAUCUUUCMCACUACUUUCUGUUCUAUUCAAUCACCGAGAAGCGUGAGGUCCGAGUUGUGAAUGCCUCUAGCCAGGAGAUGUGUGGCCACUUAARUCAGGCUAGCUACGAAGAGCAGUGCAAUGGUUCAUAUGACUUCACAGGACCACAGAUUCCAUUCGACGAAGRUGGUGUAUGGCCAAUGGUGCCCAACCCCUCCAUGUCCAAAUUCAAAAAGGGAACCAAGGCUUACCUAAARGCUGAGAAAUUCAACAAAGUCUAUACUUCAAUGCUUAAGUCUUUAGAACAUGUUUAUAACGGMCAUCCUGAAAGUCUAAAAGAUGCUCUAGGGUUGAUGUUUUCCUUAAAAAUCCAUCUGAAAGAACUAGUAAAAACACCAAUCGACCCCGAUGGUGACCCGGAUAUUGGACCCAAUGCUGGGCCGCCAUUCGACUUUGUACCGGAUGGAAUGGAAUGAACUAGAAGUGGUGUGAUGCACCUGUUCAGAAGGCUGACUCGACAGUUCAUUUCGCUACUUCUGCUUUAAAAAAAACUGAGAAUCUCCUUUAGAGGCAUCAUCAUAAGUCCCCAGGGGAACCUGUGAGCGCAAUAUACAAACGCAAGACUUUAAUUCAAAAACAUCAUUUUACAAUUGUAUAAUUAGYUCUAUUUUGUGGCAUGCAUGUUUAUAAAUAUCAACGUGCUUAGCAGAUGCACUGCUUGGUCAAGUGUUGUUAAGUUAAAACAUUAGAAACAUGUCGCUGUCAAAUCUUGUUAAAUGUUUAUUUCUAAUGGUUGCUAAAGACCAUGGCCAGAAAGCAAAUGGUAAGGUGAGCAGAGAUAUUCUUCUUGUUGGUAUCCGUUUUAUCUUACUUUCACUUCCCAGUUAAUUUAUAAAUUUUAUGCACCGCCUUCAUGAGAUGGAAAAGGCGUAGAG